GUCUUUAUCUCUCAUUUCGCGGGAGCUACGAUGGCUGAGUGCUGAGUGCUGAGUCAAACCGCUCGAAGAAAACGGCUCACAGAUGUGGUCAGCUGUCUUCACCGUUUUACGGUCACCGAGCGUGCACGGCUGCCGGUCGGCGCUCGGGACGCAGUGCCGGAACAACUCCAACACCGCAAGCAUCAGCCGCAUCAAGCGAGCCACCUACGUGCGAUUGUAUCCCACAGUCCUUGUACAGCCAGAUGGAUCGACGAUAAACGUGAGGUACCACGAACCGCGACAGUUAAUUCGGCUCCCCCUGAAGUUCGAAGAGCUCACACCCGAGCAGCAACAGAUUGUGCUGGUCAAAAGGAAGCCCCCCGAAAAAUUGGUCGUCCAGGAAGAGAUAGAAGACAACUUCGACGGCAACAAGUACCUCAAGUUCAUGAAGAAGAACACAUAAAGCAAGCGUCGCCUUUGAGUGGGUAGACGAUCACAUCGUUUGAGUUUAGUACAAAUAAAGCGCUACUUGGUCUAAUUAA